GUCUCCAGUACUAAAACGGGAUAAUCCGAAGAAGCAGUGCACUCAAGUAUCAUAAGCAGUGCCAAGAGCGUGUGUUUCACAUUGUGCUCAUGAUUACUGUACUGACAUAUUCCCUGUACAAAAUAAGCUGCUACAUACAGUCUUCUCAGGUGGAUUACAGUUAGGAAGAGUUUCUACAUUUUUAAGAAUUAUAUCCCUGAAACAGCACCAUGAAGGAAUAUGUGCUUUUUUAUUUCCUGGCUUUGUGCCAUGCCAAGCCAUUUAUUUUACCUCCAAAAUACAUGGCAAUGACUGACCUCAUGUUAAAAGAUAUGGAAGAUGAUGACGACGAUGACGAUGAUGACAACGAUGAUGAUAAUUCAUUGUUUCCGUUUAAAAAGAAUCUACCAGCUCGACCAACACCACCUCCAUUUGAUUUUUUUCCAACUUGUCCAUUUGGAUGUCAGUGUUACUUAAAAAUUGUUCAGUGCUCUGACCUUGGAUUGACCUCCAUUCCAAAUAAAAUUCCAUAUGACACUCGACUGUUAGACCUUCAAAACAACAAAAUAAAGGCGAUCAAAGAAAAAGAUCUACAAGGCCUCACAUCCCUUUCGGCUUUGUUUCUCAACAACAAUAAACUCUACAAGGUGCAUCCAAAGGCAUUCCAGUCCACCAAGAAACUGCGACGGUUGUACUUAUCACAUAAUCACCUUACGGAAGUACCAUCCAACCUUCCAAAAUCAUUGGCAGAGCUCAGAAUCCAUGACAACAAAGUUAAAAAAGUACAAAAGGAAGCAUUUAAAGGCAUUCAUUCAUUACAUGUUUUAGAAAUGAGUGCAAAUCCCCUUGAAAGUAAAGGAAUAGAACCUGGAGCAUUUGAUGGACUGACUGUGUUCCACAUUAGGAUUGCAGAGGCCAAAUUAACAUCAAUCCCUAAAGAUUUGCCAAAAUCAAUCUAUGAACUCCACCUUGACCACAACAAGAUUUCAGCAAUUGAACUUAAGGAUUUGUUACUAUACAAAGACCUUCAGAGACUUGGUUUAGGACAUAAUAAAAUAAAAGAUGUUGAAAACGGAAGUUUUGCUAACAUACCAAAGGUACGAGAAAUUCACUUGGAGAACAACAAACUUAGGCGAGUGCCCCCUGGACUACCAGAUUUAAAAUAUCUGCAGGUAUUGUUUCUUCACUCCAAUAAUAUUGGAAAAGUGGAUGUGAAUGAUUUUUGCCCCACAGGGCCCAAGUUGAAAAAGUCUCUCUACAGUGGUAUUAGCCUUUUCAAGAAUCCAGUAAAAUACUGGGAGGUUCAGCCAGCAACAUUCCGCUGCACACUGGGAAGAAACAGUGUCCAUCUGGGAAAUUUCCGCAAGUAGCCACAAAUAUAAGGCAUUAGCAUCACCUCCAACAGCCUCGUCAUUUUGACCUCUGGAACACGAGGGCCGUACUAAUGUGUUUACAAGACUUUUGCAUGUAUCCAUACUCCCCCAACACACACUUAUUUUCAAAUACUUGAAACCUGGUUAUCAAGAAGAAAAUCUACUUUCCAACAGGUGUAUCUUUAACUACAUUUUUAUACACAGAAUAUUCUGCAGCAGGCGAGCAGGCUGAAAGUUCUUUUACAAUUGGUGCUAACUGAAAAAAAAAGUUUUGUGUUUUUCAUAGUUAACUGUAUUAUUAUUUUAUGUAUUAUUUGUAAAGACUACAAACCUCAAAUGCUCCUAAUUAGAUAGCAAAUAUAUUAAGGACAUUGAACAAGUUACAUUUCUAUUUGUUGUAUCUAUAGUUUCAUAUUAUUGCUACUGAAACUUUGCUGCAUUAACCUGGUAAAAACUGAUAUACAUUUUUUUUUAAAUAAACAAAUUUAAUCUUC